GGCCCUCAUUGUUUGCGCCUACAGCAUCACUUCUCCAAACACAACCACCCACUUUACACCGCCAAGAUGAAGCUAUUUUACAUUGGAAUCUUUAAGAACGCCGAGAAGCCAGCGCAUGAAUUGGUAUCCGCAAAAGAUGCCAGUACCUUUAGCUUCUGGGAGAGGUCGACGGUGAGCGAGUUCAUGACAUUCUUCAGCAAGACUGUCGCCGAGAGCAAAGAUGCUGCGCCUGGAAAACGCCAGGAGAUCUACGAAGGGCCAUACAAGUUCCACAGUCUUGGGCACAACACCGGGAUUGUGGGCAUAAUCAUGUCAGACCACGAAUAUCCGCUAUUAGUUGCGCAGUCGCUGCUCAACAAGGUCCUCGACGAAUUUACAGCCAAGUACCCGCGGUCGACCUGGUCCAACUCGAACCCCACACUUGACUUCCCGGACUUAACAUCAUACCUGGCGAAGUACCAGGAUCCCCAACAGGCGGAUAAUAUCAUGAAGAUUCAGAAGGAGUUGGAUGAGACAAAGGUCAUCCUGCACAAGACGAUCGAGAGCGUGCUGGAGCGAGGCGAGAAGAUAGAUGAUUUGGUGGCGAAGAGCCAGGGUUUGAGCGACACGAGCAGGAUGUUCUAUACUAAGGCAAAGCAACAGAACUCGUGCUGUGUAUUGAUGUAAAUACGAGGGGUUGGCUUGGAUCUCAUUUGGCGUUUCAUUCCGUAUUAAUACCUACCUACUGGUUGUCUAUCAGCUGCGCUAUAGCUAUCAGCAAUGCAUAAGACUCGGACAUACCGUUGCCCUUUCAAGCUGCACUGUUGCUUGGAACGUAUCAAAUUGUAUGAUAUGUGAUAUCCCCUAUGGCAGUAGCCCCUCGUGCAUCGAAUGAAUACAUAGAGCCCAUGGUCUAGUUAUUCCAGCC